GUACACACUGCGAUGAUGGUGAUGAUGAUGCCUGCGAUCUUUAACAGCAGCAGCAACACCAACAAGACCAACACUAACGCAAACAACAACAUUAACAUUUUUCAAUUCCUCUCUCUCUCACACUCUCACUUUCUUUUUCUUCUUCAUCAGUUCACUCAUAACAAAACAUAACAUAACCCAACCAUGACCAAUCUCUACUCACCUGUCUAUCACAUCCCAUGCAAUCAUAGUGACAAUCCUUGAUAUAAAAUUAGAAAACAAGAACCCAAAAAGAAAACUAAACAAAGUUAUGGAUAGCAAGUGUGGUUGCUGGGCUGUCUUAAAACGUGGAGUUAGAGGUUCUUGCAAGUCCUCUGCCUCUAGAGAUUCUGCUAACGCGAUCCCUCGUACUAGUCUUGUUUACGAUGCAGGAACUGGGAAAUGCAAGUUCUAUUUCAGUUUACAAGGUUAUCAUGCUACUGAAACAAGAUACCUAAAUGCAAGCAAUCGAGAGUUAUGUGCUCAUAAUGAAGCACAACUAUCUUCUGAUAAUCCUGAUCCACAAGAUAAGAAAUCUCCAUGCCAGUUGCUGCAGUUUACCUUUCAAGAACUAAAAUCAGCAACAGGGAAUUUUAGGCCUGAUAGCAUUCUUGGAGAGGGCGGAUUUGGAUAUGUGUUUAAGGGAUGGAUAGAGGAAAAUGGAACAGCACCAGCAAAACCUGGGUCGGGAAUCACAGUCGCGGUAAAGAGCUUAAAGCCAGAUGGUCUUCAAGGCCAUAGAGAAUGGGUGGCUGAAGUUGAUUUUCUUGGACAGCUUCACCAUCCUAAUCUCGUUAAGCUUAUUGGUUACUGCAUCGAGGAUGAUCAACGGCUUCUUGUUUAUGAAUUUAUGACGCGAGGGAGUCUUGAAAAUCAUCUUUUUAGAAGGACAAUACCUCUUCCAUGGUCCAACAGGAUUAAGAUUGCACUUGGGGCUGCAAAAGGAUUGGCCUUUCUCCAUGGUGGCCCUGAACCAGUUAUUUACAGAGAUUUUAAGACGUCAAACAUUUUGCUUGACUCAGAAUAUAAUGCUAAGCUUUCAGAUUUUGGUCUAGCAAAAGCUGGGCCUCAAGGGGACAAAACUCAUGUUUCUACAAGGGUUGUUGGGACAUACGGCUAUGCUGCUCCAGAGUAUGUGAUGACAGGACACCUGACAUCUAAGAGUGAUGUUUACAGCUUCGGAGUUGUGCUGCUUGAGAUUUUGACAGGCAGAAGAUCAAUGGACAAGAAGCGACCUAGUGGUGAACAGAAUCUAGUUGCAUGGGCACGACCUUAUUUAGCUGACAAGAGAAAGAUGUACCAGCUAGUGGAUCCCAGGUUGGAGCUGAAUUACUCCCUUAAAGCGGUCCAGAAAGUUUCUCAAUUGGCUUACAGCUGCCUCAGUAGGGAUUCAAAGUCCCGUCCUACAAUGGAUGAAGUUGUGAAAGUUCUCACUCCAUUGCAAGAUCUAAACGACCUUGCCAUUUUAUCUUAUCACUCUCGCUUGUCUCAACAAGGGAAGCGCAAGAAGAAAAGUGAAGGAGCGCAGCAGCACGCAAAUGUAUCUUCCAAAAGCAUCAGAGAUUCUCCCUUGAAUACUGGCAAGCAGCGUUAUAGAUAAGGGCAAUCGAUUCAAUCUCCUUGAUUGAUUCAAGUAUCAAGAAAAACAAAGGUUGGUAUUCUGCCUUCGUAUUCGUUGGCUAUUCUGAAGGGAAUAUUUCAAGCUUGUUUUAUGACGUUUGGGUGUUCUAAGAUUUUCUGGAUCCAGAAAAACAUCUGAAGAAGAAAGAUAAAUCAGCUUCUAUGAAAACUUACACUAGAGAGCUAACCAUCAAUUCAGACCUUGCCUGUGAUUUGCUGUUAUUGUAAUUGAGAUAUAGCUUGUAAUUAGAUGAAACCUUCCAUUCCUAAGAUUGCUACAUGUCGCUAUCUGAAUGUCAAUUGCUUUGAGGUUUUGGAGUUGCA